CUUCGGCAAACAUAUCCAACAUAAAACAAACUCGUGUUUUUUCAUUCACCGUUUGAACUUAAAAUGGGCUCUUUUCAAUCUAUUUAUUCUUGUUUCAAUUUAGCUCCUGAAAUCGGUGGCUAAUUUAUUUAUCCAUAAAACAAAAAUAGUGUUUCUUCAACCUGCAUGCAACACUGUCAUAUUUUUAUUCAUCGGCAGAUUCAAUGUAACGGAAUGUACAUAAUUUAAUAGUCAUAUACUCAUUUUUUAAUUGUUAUUAUUUUAUUUCAUCAGGCUAAGUGGUAAUUGGAUUUUUUGCUGCCAUCACAUUUACAUUGUGAUGUGUUCAAGAACUCGGGACUUUUGCACCUUUUGUUUGUGCAUCCUUUUUUCAAGUCAACAAAAGUAUUGGACCAUGUAAGCGACGCGUGUUUGUAGUUGUUCAGGUGGCGGCGCCUUUUAGAGUCAUUGCUUGAACGUUGCUUGUUUUUAGGCUUUGGGUUACACCUGUGAAAACUGCAUUUGCUGCUAAGCAAACGUGAAGACCAGCGAGCUCUCCGUGGGAGAAAAGCAAACCAUUGUGACGCUGAGAGGAGAAGGAAAAUCAAUCCGAACUAGUGCACUAACACUGGGCGAAGCAAUGUGGAAGGUCCUGAAAAACAAAGAAACUGCUGCCGGCAUACUGAACGACAGACAUCCAACAGGUCGGCUCAGACACGACAGAAACAUUGUGAGCGCUGUGAAGAAACCAGAGUCAGCGACGUCGGGCAGGUCGGAAGCGAUCGCGAUCCACCGUCGGCCGGGAGAAGACGUCCACAGGAGACGUUCACUGGCCGUACUGCGAGAUGCGACUCGUCGGCAAAACGGUUGGGAAGACCCGAUUGGGCUUUGCAAAGAAGUACAGACCUUUUCUGGACCGACGGACCGAGAUGAACCUCUCGGAAAGUGAUGGAAAGGACAAAGAAAGGACCUGCUCGUGAUCUGAAGCACGGUAGCGGAGGUCAUUUGAAGAGUUUGUUUUCAAAACGAGACAUAGGCAUUUUUUUUUUUUCAGAUUUACGAAACUCGCGCCCAAAUUAUCCAGCUCCGAAUGGAUAAUUUUGGCGCGAGUUUCGUGAAUCGUUUUGAAACCAAGCUCUUCAUUUUGUGGCUGCUUUGCGAACAGGUCACCAGUCUUUACUGAGGAUGUCACCCGUGAGGGCAGCAGCAGAAUGACGACAAAGUUGACAAAACCACGGACAAGCUCCGUCGUGCGACAAGACAAACACGCACAGCGCAAACCAAAUCUUUGGGGAGAGAGUGAAAAGGCCUGACAGUGGCCAAGUCACUCACCGGACCUUGACCCAAUCGAGCACGCGUUUCAAAUCCUGAAGAGGAGAAAGUCCCGGAAAUGAGCCAAGAGCUGGAAGAAAACUGUAUUCAAAGUCUGGAAAAGCAUUUCAAACCAAGUACACGACGGUCGGGUGCAGUCGAUGGGUCGCAGCGUUGGUCCGCGCACUUAUUGCAAGUUAUGGGCCGUGUCAACAAAUAUGAAAUGUUAUUCAAAGCAGGUGGCUUCAGCGCAUCACCGUGGAGCUGGCAUGACAUAAAUGGCGCUCAGUAUACCUGAACUUGACUUUUGCGGCCCCACUUGCCCCGUUUCUGUGUCACUUGAGCACAAAAGCUCGGCGCUCGGCGCUCGCGCUCGGCGGGCGUGGGCGUGGGCGUGGGCGCUUGUAAACACGCCAGCGCCAGCUCGGCCAUUAGCAGCUGAAUGGCCGACGAGCUGUCAGGUAGCAGCGCGUCAACUUCCUUUCAUGUUCUCAGCUACUUGUCGAACAUGAAAGGAGGCGAGGAGGAGGUCCGGGGUUUCGUGAUGAUUUUGGGGGGUGGGGGGGGGGGUCGUCUGAGGGUAUAUAAGACACCCCAGGAGUGAGAUGCGGGGCCAAAUCGUUGCGAUCGCUCGACAUGCGCUCAUCGCGAGGCUCCCUGCUGCUGCCGGUCCUCCUCCUCCUCCUCCUCGUCGUCGUCGUCCUCAUCCAGCGAACUCGGGGAGUCCACCUGCAGCUCGGCCGCGACGGAGCUCGGGCGCACGGCCUGCGGGAGCGCGCCGGGGCCGCCCAGGGAAGCGGCCACCACCCGCCGCCCACCUACAUGGUGCACCUCUACCGCAACUUCCGGGCCAACGCGUCGGCGUCGGCGGAGAGGCGAGCGGACACCGUGAGGAGUUUGACGGCCAAAGGUUUGACUUACGGACUCGGGCGCUGGGCGGCCACGUUCGACCUGCACGCCCUCCUGCCCGACAAGCGGAUCCAAGCGGCCGAGUUGAGACUGCGGCUCCCCCCGGGCGCCCCAGAGGCCCGGGUGGCCGUGUACCACCAGCACGGCCCCGGGUGCCACCCGGCGUCGGACGUCUGCCGCGAAGAGCCGCAGCGGGUGGGCCUGCUGGGUCCCUCCUCCCUGGUGUCGUCCUUCCGCAGCUGGAGGGUCUUCAACGUGACGGGCCCGCUCCUCGCCUGGCAGCGCCAGAGAUCCUCGCACGGGGUCCGACGGCGAGGGCUCACCCGGAAGAGGAAGGGCGGGGGCGGGGGCGGGGCCCCGCCCGCCGGAUCGAGCGCGGCCGUCGACCGAGCCUUGCUGGUGGUCUUUUCGCGCACCGGCUCGGAUCGGAGCCCCGGAGCCGAGGCCGGCUUGCUCCACACGGCCGAGCGCUCAAAGUUCUUGAGCCUGGCCGAGAGCGGGCGGCCCGACGGGCGCAGGAGCAAGCGGGGUCAGGAGGAGCGCCCGAGCGGGGCCGGCGAGUCGGCGUGCCGCAGAGUGGACCUGCACGUGGAUUUUCAGCGGAUCGGCUGGGGGUCCUGGAUCGUCUUCCCCAAACGGUACAAUGCGUACCGCUGCCAAGGAUCCUGCCCGGGACCCUUGAGCGCAGACCUCAACCCCACCAAUCACGCCUACGUGCAGAGUUUACUGAACCAUUACCACCCCGACCGAGCGGCCUCGCCGUGCUGCGCCCCCACCAGGAUGAGCCCGCUGAGCAUGCUUUACUACGAGAACGGCGAGAUGCUCCUGCGCCAUCACGAGGACAUGAUGGUGGACGAGUGCGGUUGCCUGUGAAGAAGACUUGAGAAAAAAAAAAAAAAAGAAAAAAAAAAAAAACGCGCACACACACACACACACACACUUAGAACUGGAAAAGGCGGAGCUCCUUGGUCGCCAUGCACUGUACGGUCUUAUGUAAAUUAAUGUAUAUUUAUUGUGAAUAUUAAAAAUAUUUAUGUACAUCUUUUUACAAAGA